CUCUGCUUGCUGUGCUGUGUAGCAGACAAAACAGCACUAGGAUAAUCGAGAGCUCUCUGCAGAGAGGGGGGAGAGCUCGAGACGGGGAGGGUGGCGAUUGAUCUUCUAAGGAAAAACAGCUCUUCGUUAAUCCGGCACCAGGCCCUCCAUCAAAAUCAGACGGCCGCGCCUGUUUGUGUAGACACCAGCGGAUUGCAAGCUCGGCCCUGAUUGUAGCGGCGCUUUGCACACCAUGGACACUACCGACGCGCCCCAGAUGAUGGAACACAUCCACAAGUCGAUUACGUUCACACCGAACGACACACGAUGGGUGCCGUGCAGCGCUCGUUUCGUCGUCACGGGGAUACACCCGCGUGCCAAGGGCGCUCUAGUGGUAUACGAGCUUAACAAGGGCAAACUCAAGCUUGUUCAUGAGAGGGAGACGGACGCAGGCAUCAAGUGUUGUACUUUCGGAGCGUCGUCGCUAGAGGACCGACAUUUGGCUUGCGGGGAUUAUAACGGCAAGCUUGCCAUCUAUGAUCUAGAGAGAAACGACGUCGCGGCCUGGUCGGCAAGCGCUCACAAGUCCAUCAUCAACGCUGUGGAUGGGUUGGGGGGGCCGGAGUCUACAUACGGGGCCCCCGAGCUGGUAACCGGAGGAAGAGAUGGGUGUGUCCGCGUGUGGGACCCUAGGAUCAGCGAGCCGGUUGUGAAGCUGGAGCCAAGAGAGGGAGAGACCGCACGGGAUUGUUGGACCGUUGCAUUCGGAAACGCCUACACGGACGAAGACCGCUGCUUGACCGCUGGCUACGACAACGGCGACGUCAAGCUUUUCGACCUCAGGACGCAGACUAUGCGGUGGGAGACUAACGUGAAGAACGGCGUUACCGGCCUGGACUUCGACCGAAACGACAUCGAGAUGAACAAGUUGGUCGUAACGACGCUCGAGUCCAAGUUCCGCACGUACGACAUGCGGACGCAGCACCCGGAGGCUGGGUUCGCCCACCUCAGCGAGAAGGCUCACAAGUCCACGGUGUGGCUCGCGAGGCAUCUCCCUCAGAACAGAGACCUGUUCAUGACCGGGGGAGGCAACGGCGGGUUCAACCUGUACAAGUACCACUACCCGAGCUCGCGUACGAAGAAUGACAAGGAGAACAUCCCGAUGGGCGUGGUUGGCAAGGUAGAGCUCCUAAACUCGAGGGUCAUCUCCUCGCAGCCCAUCGUCAGCUUCGACUGGAGCCCGGACCGCGAGGGGCUGUGCUGUCUCAGUUGUCUCGACCAGACCGUGCGCGUGUACAUCGUCACCAAGCUCGGAAAAUUCUGA